UAAGAUAAUGGUGUUACUUAUGAUUAUUAUAUGCGAAAACGAUUGGUGGAAUCGUGUGGGGAUCUUUAUCUUGUUGUUUGGGCAGGUGUUUGUGCUCAAGGGAAUGUAUGGUUCAAGGUUUUCAAGUUAAAUGAAGCUCUUUGUAGGUGGUUCGAGGUUAAGCAUUUGGGUGAUCGUGCCUUGUUUGUAGGCUUUGAUUGCUGCUUCUUUGUUUCUGCUAGGGAGUUUCGAGGAUGUCAACCUAAUCGCGUUGUCUCUCAAAGAAGUUGUUUUCUUCGUUUUGGUGGAGAUCACAUCUCCGAUGAUUAUCUAUUUGAAAGAGUAAGCAAGGGACUAGAGAAGGUCCAACACCUCAAGGAUAGUGAGAUUAUUGGGCUUAAGCCAAUGCAUGCUGGCUUUUUGCAAUCAUUAUGGCAUUUUUCGACAUGGAAUCCCGACGAAGAGCAAAAGGUAAAACCAGAUCUCUGCGGCAAGGAUGCACAAGUUGAAGAUAUGAAGCAACCAGUGGUGGUCAAUACUAAGAAGGCUGAAGGAGGUUCUGGAGUCUUGCAAUCUUUUCCAACUAAUAGAGCAGCAUUUCAGGGAAAAGAUGUGAGGUCUGAGUUAGUACCUGUCUUAGAAAAGGUUUGGGCCAAAUAUGGGAACAUCAUUGAACAGAGUGCAAUUCGUAGUUCUGAUACUAUAAUCAUGGCUUUGGAGUCUGUUGGAAAAGUGAUAAACAUUCUCCAAAAUGCCUCAGCAAAUAAAAUGACUGAUCAUCAAGUAAAUAAUCUGGUUUCAACCUUGUCAGACCUCCAACUUAUGCAAUUGAAAGUAGAUUGGUUAGUCCCCUUUGUUGAAAAGGCUGUUGCACUAAACAAGAGCAGACAGUUGGCGGUUGCCUUAAUGGAGCUUGAGAAAGCCAAAGCUCAUGUCGAAGAAUUGAAACUGAAGCUCCUUGCUGAAUCGGAGAAGCCGGACAGUAGAUUAAAUCUUGCUGCUGUGGAGAGCAUAUCUGCAAUUGAUUUGGACAAAUGCCUAGGGGAGGGAGUCUGUUGAUUUAGAGGGACUCCUGAUUAUCGUUGGUUGCUAGUUUUAUUAAACUCGAAUGACUACUAGAUUAUGGGUAGGCGUUGUCCAAGUGUGGUCGAGGAGAUUGUAGCAUUUGAUUUUUGCUUAAGCAUUAUCAAUACUAUGAGCAUCUUUCUCAAUAAUAAGUAAUCCUUUUUCAUUAACUAGUUAAAGUAGUAAACUGUAUCUACUCUUACACCAGAAAUUGAAGGUGCUUAAUCAUGUCAAAGAUUCUUAGAUUAUAGUUAUAGAAGUUCUUUGCUCUUUAUUUUAUGAA